GGUCCGUUGAAAACCUCGGAAUCCAAUAUGGCCGCCGAAUCUGAAGUUCAAAUUAAAGGUUUGAAAAGACCUUUGGUUGAAGAUUAUAGCGACGAGGAGGAGGAAGAAGAAUAUGUACAUAAAGAUGAAUAUGUGAAUAAAAGUCGACAAUGUCCCUACCUGGACACAAUCAACAGGCAGUUUCUUGAUUUUGACUUUGAGAAACUCUGUUCUAUAUCAUUGUCUCAUACAAAUGUCUACGCUUGUCUUGUCUGUGGUAAAUACUUUCAAGGUCGUGGUAAACACUCUCAUGCGUAUACCCACAGCGUUCAAGUCAGUCACCACGUGUUUCUUAACUUACAUACAUUGAAGUUCUAUUGCCUACCUGACAAUUAUGAAGUUAUCGACUCCUCAUUGGACGACAUAAAGUAUGUUCUCAAUCCAACAUUUCAAAAGUCAGAAGUAGAUCAACUGGACAAAACAAACAAACUAUCAAGAGCAUUUGAUGGGACAACCUAUCGUCCAGGUGUGGUAGGACUAAACAAUAUCAAAGAAAACGACUACCUCAAUGUGGUUUUACAGGCGAUGUCAUUCGUUCCCACGAUCCGAGACUUCUUUUUGCAUGAAGAGAACUACAAAGACAUUAAAAUGCCUUCUGGAGACAUUUCUCUCAUAUUGGCACAAAGAUUUGGUGAAUUGCUGCGAAAGUUAUGGAACCCGAGAAAUUUUAAAGCCCAUGUCAGUCCACACGAAAUGCUUCAGGCUGUUGUUUUGUGCAGCAAAAAGAAAUUUCAGUUUACAGAGCAAGGUGAUCCAGUAGAGUUUCUCUCCUGGUUCCUGAAUGCUCUUCAUUCCAUUCUGAGGCGAGGCACCAAAAGUGGUAAAUCAAGCAACAUAAAAAAGAUAUUCCAAGGCAAAAUGAGGAUAACUAGUAGAAAACUGCCCCCAACUGAGGACGAUGAGGCUGCAAAGAAAGACGUGCAAAAUCCUGAUUCUGAUGAAUACAAGGAGAGCGUAACAGAAAGUCCAUUUUGGUAUCUGUCCCUUGACACACCAGCGGCACCAUUGUUUAAGGAUGAAAUGCAACAGAAUAUUAUCCCACAGGUUUCCAUCUUUGCAUUGCUGAGUAAGUUUGAUGGCAUCACAGAGAAGGAAUACAAAACAUACAAAGAAACAUUUGUAAAGAAAUUUCAACUGACAAAAUUACCACCGUAUCUUAUCAUCGUCGUAAAGAGAUUUACCAAGAAUAUAUUCUUUGUUGAGAAGAAUCCCACUGUAGUGAACUUUCCAGUGAAGGAUGUUGACAUGGCUGAAUAUUUAGCACCAGAAUGUUUAAAAGAUAACCCAGAUACGUCCUAUGAUCUUAUUGCUAACAUCUGCUAUGAAGGACAGACAGAGGCGGAGGGAAAAAUUAGUAAAAAUUAUCGAGUACAUGUGUUUCACAAGGGUGCUAGUCAGUGGUAUGAACUACAAGAUUUACAUGUCAAGGAAAUAUUGCCCCAAAUGAUUACUCUGUCAGACUCCUAUAUUCAGAUCUAUGAAUUACAGAAGAGUUGAUAGUGGCUUCUGAUAUGUUGAACUGCUUUAUUUAACACUAGCUAAACAAACAUACCAAAUAAUAAAAGGUAUAACUUUCAUGUAAUU